AGUUUUGGAGGUGAAAAGAGGGCUCUUUCUGCCUGAAUUGUAGAAGGCAAAGCCUCCAGUCCGAGGUGAAAGCGGAAGAGCGCAAUGGCGGUUCCGGGGAGGCGCAACGGGCUUGUGGAGGACGACGAGAACGAGGACGACCACAACUACGCCCUCUUCGAACAGGAAGGUCUGCUCGAGCCCGACUCCUACACUCCUCCUCACCUCCGCGACCUCUCCCUCGCCGUCCAGGACGGCGACGUCGAUGCCCUCCGCCUCGCUCUCGACAACUUAAAUGGCAGUAUCGACGAACCAGUGGAAGAUGGGGAUACAGCUUUGCAUCUGGCUUGCCUAUAUGGACAUCUACCUUGUGUGCAGUUACUUUUGGAAAGAGGCGCUUGCUUGGAAGCGAAGGACGAAGAUGGGGCAAUUCCUCUUCAUGAUGCUUGUGCUGGGGGAUAUGUCGACAUAGUUCAGUUUCUAAUUAACAGAGCAAGGAAUGGAGAAUGUGUGAAAAGGAUGUUGGAGACAAAUGACGACGAAGGAGAUACACCUCUUCAUCAUGCUGCUAGAGGUGAACAUGUGGAUGUUAUAAGAAUAUUGCUUGCUGCUGGAGCUGAUCCCACAAAGACAAACAUGUAUGGGAAGACCCCUGUUGAGCUACCUGAUCCGGACACCGAAGCUAAACGAAUUUUCGAAGCUGCCGGUGGUGCUAUGAGUUGUCAGUAGUUUCUUGUGAUUCUCCAUCAGUUUUCGAUUUAUUCUGGCUGUGGUAAUUGAGGUUGUCUGGAUUCUUGCUUAGGCUUAACUGGUUUUGUUAUCGGGUGAAUGAGAGUAAUGGCCCAUGCAUGGAGGUCUUGCUUCUGUAUAUGUAUCUGAGUAAGUCUGGGUUAAGUUUUUCUGCCAUUUUCUGCCUAUAGCAUGCUGGCUUCAUGCUAUUCACUCAUAUAAUCCCGUUUACCA